AAAGUAUCUUGGUGCCAAGGAACUGUUGAAGUGAGUUGAGGAGCUUCAUUUAGACAAAAAUUUGGCUUUUGCUGCCAUCUUGUGGCAUCUGUAGACAAUUACAGUACAGUAUAAACCUUUUGGGGGGUGUUGCUAUAUCCACUUUAUGACACAGUGUGACAGUGUUUGGUGGUGUGAUUUAAGGUUUUUUUCCCCCUAGUGUACAAUAUGUGCCUUGUCUCAAAGGUUUGGAAAGUGAUGUAAAGACACAAUGAAAACAUAAUAGCAGGCUGUGUGUGUGUGUGUGUGUGUGUGUGUGUGUGUGUGUGUGUCUUGGUGCUGAUCCAAAUAUGUUUCUUCAUUGGCAUUUGGGGUGAAGCAGUUCUUUCCAACACUUCUUAGGGAAUUACAGUUUGUAUUUACACAGUAUGUGAGCAAGAAUCACUUAAUUUGAACUGGGCUGUGUUACAGUCAGUGAGCAAUUGUGUCACUCUCAAUUAACUUUAAUUCUUACUACUGGUGGGUAAACCUCUUUGGAGGACAACAAUGCUGCGAGGGCGUGCAACUGUGCAUAAGGGAGUUGUGUGAGCAUGCAUGCGUGCAUGUGCAUGUGUUUGAGAGUGUGUGUGUGUGUGUGCCCCUUACCCCAGCCCUCCAUAUCUGUCCACAGGACCGCCAGCCCCGUCUAGAGUUAUUCCAGGAAUGCGAUGAACAUGGCGGCCGCGAUGAAGGCGCAGAAAACGGGACUGCUGGAGCUCCGGGUGGCCGUGGACCGCUGGACCCGGGUGCUGGCCACGCUCACCGAGGACACGCUGACGGUCACCCCCGGCGAGGGCGCCGACGAGCCGCCCAAGAGCAAUCCAAACCCCGCGGGGGCUAUCAACGGAGACCCCCCCAAUCUCAGCUCGUGUCCCGUCCCGGAGACCAUCACCAACGUGAAGCGCACGGUGCGAGUUACCAAGCAAGAUGUCGGAGGACUCGGGAUUAGUAUUAAAGGUGGGAAGGAGAACAAGAUGCCCAUUCUCAUCUCCAAGAUUUUUAAGGGCUUGGCCGCCGACCAGACAGAGGCGCUUUAUGUGGGCGACGCCAUAUUGUCUGUCAACGGUUGCGACUUACGGGAGGCCACGCACGACGAGGCCGUGCAGGCCCUGAAGAAGACUGGCAAAGAAGUCAUCCUUGAAGUCAAGUACAUCAAGGAGAUGUCGGCCUUCUUCAAGAGCUCGGGGUCCCCUGGCGGAGCUCUCCCGUGGGACUCGCCUCCCCCAACGCCUCAGAAGGGUGCGGACCUCUCGUCCGCCGAGACGAAGGAGCCCCGCAGCAUCCUGCUGAAAAUGUGCCAGGUGUCCCGCAAGCAAUGCCCCCCCGACACAGAAAACAGGUACUUCGAGGUGGUUUCGCCCAACAGAAAGAACUCUGUGUUCCUGCGGGCCAAAGACCCAGCCAUGGCCCAGUCCUGGUACAACGCCAUCCAGGCCGGUGCUGCCAACCUUUUACCACAAGUGAAGGAGGAGAUGAAGAUCUUGCAGCCUGGUAUGGAAGUUAAACACUUGGGCUGGAUUACAGAACAGGCGGUACAGGGAUCGGAGAGGCCGGUCCUCGCUGUGCUGACCGACCGGGAGCUGCUUCUCUAUCCCGCCUUGCCCGAAAGCAAAGACGCCAUAAGCAGCCCCACCAAGAGUCACCCUCUCAUCACCACCAGACUGGUCCACUCCGGCCCGGGGAAAACCUCUCCUCUCCUGGAAUCAGAUCUUUCAUUUGGCCUGCGUUCAGGCACCAAGCAAGGUGUGGAGACCCACGUGUUCCGGGUGGAUUCCCCCAAGGAGCUGUCGGCGUGGACUCACCUGCUGGUCGAAGGCUGCCACAAUGCCGCCGAGCUCAUCAAGGAGGUCACGACAGCCUGCAGCUGGAACGGAAAGGAGUGCACCCUGGGAGUGCACAUCGACGAGGGCUUCACGCUAUUCACCGAAGAGCUGGGCGUCCGCAAGUGCGUCCUGCUCCAGCAUCCCUUCGAGCGUCUGAGGAUGUCUUCGGACGACGGCGUCCGCAUGAUGUUCCUCGACUUUGGGGGCCCUGAGGCCGAAAUUCAACUGGACCUUCAUUCUUGCCCCAAGACGAUUGUAUUCAUCAUCCACUCGUUUCUUUCCGCGAAGGUCAAGCGACUCGGCCUCCUGGCAUGAUGACGUCUGCAACGUUAGCAUUAGGAUUUUAUUUUUUAUUUUUUUAUUUUUUUUUAUUAGUAAUUCACAUCCCAGACUGACUUGAGAGCAAGUGAUGACUAAACCGCUCCUCCUCUCUUCCUGCUCCUCCUGGUCUCUCGUGGAAGAGCGGCGGACAUUUGGGCGUUGAGGUUUUUCACAAAUGCACAGCUCAUGAUUCACACGUUGAUUAUACAGUAUAGCGAGCGUUCGUAUUGUUUUUGUUCCGAUGAUGGUUGAUGUUGGACAAACGGCUGUUUAAUUAAAUGGAUUAAUUAAAAGAUGACAGCGUUAGCAGAGUGGCGGGAGACUGAUCACUGCGUGAUCUAAAAUGGAUGUAAGGAUUAAUUAAGUGAUGAACUUAAGGAUGUUUAAGUUGCCUUUUCACAAAACUACACGUUUUCAUGAUGUUUUUUUUUUUUUUUUUAAAUAAUCCAAAAUAAGAACCUAAUAUGACAAAGAAAUUAAGUUAUUUAUUGAGUUGUUUUACCCGAGCUGUAAAUUUGGAUUAAGGCCCGAUUAUCCUGUGUUGUGGGGUAUGUUAACAUUCAUUGCCAUUGACGGCUGUUGAAUUCAAAUAUCCAUGUUAACAUGGAGGCCUAGCAGUGAAUGAAGAGUGAUAUUCCCCCCCCCCCCCCCUCGCCGAUCAGUUCAGAAAACAAUCGGGGCUGACAAUCAUUAAUGUUAUACCUGUUUAGUAUUUACGAUCGCAACUCAUUAAUCAUCGUUAAGGUAUUUACCCUCACUUGCGAUCAAAGUCGGAUUGAGAGAUUAUCCUCUGGUGUGGAGGUUUUUUUUAAAAAUUUUUUUAUUGAACAUACACAAAUAAUUCAACACAAGACUGGUUGCAGUAAAAUAAAACCUACAUAAAAUAAAAAUAAAAGAUUGUCAUGAGUAGGGGUCUUUCAAAUUUAAAAAAUCUGUUAAGAUGUUAAAAAUUGGUAUGUGUAUAACCUGCUUAAGGUAUUUUUUUUCUAUUCUGUUUUCAUUCAUUUAAUCACUGGAGCGGGGGAAUGGCCUUCAUCACAAAGCACUCAUGUUGUAUUUGUAAAAAACAUGAAAUAUGUGACGUUUAAAUGUCAUCUUAUCACAACACUAAAAACCAACUUGUAUCCAUAAUAUAUGCCUCAACGCUCUCCGAAAUAAAAUGUAUAUUCUUAUUUAAACAAGCAAAAGGUGUGCCUUUCAAGGGUUGUUUGUACAUAAACAUGUAAUAAACUUUAACUUUUAACAUA